AUGCAUCUGCUGUUGCUGGUGACGUGGGCUUGUCUCGUAUGCCAAGUGUUCUGUGAUGAUGUCUCGGACUUUCUGACAAAGAUACCAGACUGCGCUGGAAGCUGUCUUGUCGAUCUCGUAUCAACAUCAACCUGUGGCAUUGACGUCCAAUGUCUUUGCGCCGACCCGAAACUCAAGACGCAGGUCGCAAGCUGUGUUCAGAAGAAAUGCCUGCCAAGGGACUCAUUAGCGACGCUGAAUGUCACCUCAGUUGCUUGUGAUUUUCCGGUGCGAGACAAACAUGCGCAAUUCGACAUUUUGGCCAUUACGUUGGUUACAAUCACGGCGAUUGCGGUUGGUCUUCGGUUUUGGGAGAAGCUGCGAUACGAGAGGAAGUUCAGGCUGGAUGAUUAUCUCGUCGUAGCUGUCUUUCUACUUGAUCUGGGGAACACUAUUGUUUGUGUUCAUGGCCUUUCGGGCAAUGGUCUCGGGAGAGACGCAUGGCUUUUCAGCCCAGACACGAUCAACAGCUAUCUCUGCUACCUCUACAUUGGCCAAACCCUCUACGCCUCCGAUGUUUUCCUGACAAAGAUAUGCGUCGCCCUCUUCUACCUCCGAAUCUUCCCUGUGGUAACCGUCCAACGUCUUAUAUGGGGUACGAUCGGUGUUGCAGCCCUGGGCAUGGUCAUCUUCGACAUAUUGGCUAUCACACAAUGUCAGCCGAUUAGCUUCUACUGGACAGGAUGGGAUAAGCUGCAUGAGGGACAUUGUCUUGGAAUCAAUCCAUUAGCUUGGGCUAUUGCAGCCGCUGCCCUGUCGCCGAUAAAAGCUAACGUGAGUAGUGUCACCAUUGUCAGCAUCCUGCGACUGCGGUACUUGGUUGCUUUUGGGAACUCUCAGAACCCAACCUGGGACAGUUUCGAGACCUGUUACUGGUCAGUCAUUGAGAUCAACGUUGGCUUAUGGUGUGUCUGUCUUCCUGAUCUCCGAAUCCUUAUCCUCAAGGCGUUCCCAAGACUUGGAAGCUCUAUCGACUCAGGUCCCAGAAAUCAUCACCAAGGAUCAUCUGCACCCAGGCAGCAGGGAAGAACUCCGAGUACCUCGCGUCAUACCGAGAGUACCAUCUUUAAAGGAAAGCCAAGUCAGGCGCAGCAAGAAGCGUCGUCGAGCACGGCUGAGCUGGUUGAGAUGACAACAUUCAUGAAUGAUAGUAGGGGUGUAGUUUAG